AUGAAAAAUUAUGUGCUAUUAGAUUAUGUUUAGAUGGUGAAUGGAAAGUUGUAAUAUUGAAUAAUUUUAUUCCUGUUAAUAGUUAAGAUAAUCCAGUAUUUUCUAAGAAUGCAGGUUUAGAAUUGUGGGUGGUAUUAUUAGAAAAAGCAUAGGCUAAAAUGAAUAUAGAUUAUACAGAUAUAGUAGGUGGUGAUCCAAGAGAAGUUAUUAAAAGUAUAACAGGUGAACCUACUUGGAUUUUAUUUACUAAAUCAGUUGAUUUCAAAUAAUAAUUCUCAGAAUAUUUAGAUAUGAAAUGUGUAAUGACAAGUGGUACAUUUGGAUAAAAUCCUAAUUAAUCUAAUUAUGGUUUAGAACCUAGACAUGCUUAUUCAUUAUUAAAAGUUUAUAAUGUAACUCCUCUUACAAAAAGGGAAAUGACACUUUUAAAGAUUAAAAUUCCAUGGGAAAUAAAGAAUGGAAUAGUGAUUGAAGUGAUGGAAGUUCAUUAUGGACAGAAGAUUUGA